AUGGCCGAUUUGCCAAAAUCUAGAGUAGACAAUGCACCGCCGUUCUACCACACGGGAGUAGAUUAUUUCGGUCCGAUACUCGCAAAAGAAAAGAAACAUCGGAAUCGGAGCAGCAUUAAAGUGUACGGCUGCGUAUUUAUUUGCAUGUCGACUAAAGCUAUUCAUAUCGAGAUCGCAAGCGAUCUGUCAACAGACGCGUUCAUAGCGGCUUUACGACGAUUCGUCAGUCGUCGGGGCAUUCCGGGCCAUAUCUAUUCGGACAAUGGGACGAAUUUCGUCGGCGCGAACAGUCAACUUCGUGAAUUUUACGCUGUCAGAGAGUCCGAAGACUUCCGUUCUCAACUGUACGAAUUUACAUCGACCAGAAAAAUUGAGUGGCAUUUCAAUCCGCCCCUCUCACCUCAUUUCGGGGAUCCAAACGAUCCAAUUGCUUUAACCCCCGCGCACUUUCUUGUUGGAAGACCGCUCACAAUGCUGCCGGAAAAUGAUCUUUCGCUUGUUCCAGACAACCGAAUAUCCUCGUGGCAACUGAUCACUAAGACACGACAAGAAUUCUGGCGCCGGUGGCAAUUCGAAUAUUUGAGCGAGUUACAAAAGAGACAGAAAUGGAUAAAUCCGACCGAAAAUAUCGCGCUGGACACGGUAGUCCUAUUGGUUGACAAGAACCAACCAUGUAUGCAGUGGCGACUGGGUCGAGUGGUGGAACUACAUCCUGGAGACGAUGGCGUAGUCAGGGUGGUCACCGUAAAAACGACUCGAGGACUCUAUAAACGCAACACGAGAUCGAUUUGCGCUUUGCCCAUAACCGCUUGA